AGGGAGCUUCCUGCCUCGACCGGACUUGUUUACUCCAUGAUAUUCCAUGCCCGGGUCGCCAUAUAAACCCCGCCCUUCCCCACCAUAUCUUCGCACACGCCGUCGCUCAUCCUCACCUUGUACACGCGCGCAGCAUUCUCCACUGGAGCGGAUUAAGCUCGGCACCAACGAACUCUAAGCUCUAGCGAUGGCAGACGCAACGGCGCCGCGUCCGCUGCUCCGCCGCGUGCUCUCGUUCCGGGAGCCGCUGCUGCUCAUCCCCCACCUCGUCGUCUUCCUCGGCACCGUCGCGUCCGCCUUCUUCCACAGCUACGCCUCCUUCCUCCAGUCCUUCGCCAGGUCCAUCGUCGUCCCGUCGCCGGCCGCCUGCGCCAAGUGUCCGUACGCAACGUCGUCGGCGGUGUGCUGCGAGGACGUCGGCGCCGAGGAGGAGGACGAGGACGAGGAGCUGAGGAAGGAGGAGGUGGAGGCGAUCAUGGCCAGGAUCGGGCUGGGAGUGGCCGGCGCCGGCGAGGGGCUGAGGGCCAGCAUGGGCCACAACGAGGUGUCCCGGCUGUUCGACGCCGAGGAGCCGAGCUUCGCGGAGGUGCGGCGCGCGUUCGCGGUGUUCGACGGCGACGCGGACGGGUUCAUCGGCGCGGCGGACCUGCAGGGCGCCCUCGCGAGGCUCGGGUUCACCGACGUCGACGCCGCCGCGUGCGGGGCCAUGAUCUCGUCGAGCUGUGGGUCCACGGACGGCAGGAUGAACCUGUUCCAGUUCGUCAGAUUCCUCGAGGACGGCCUCUGCUGACAGACCGAUCGGCCUCUCUUUUUUGAUCCGUUGCACGGUGCGCGGCUCGGCUGGCGCGGCAGAAGAUGGGAGUGUGUGCGUGCGUGCGUGUGCUGGUGUGGUGUGGUGUUCUUUCUUGCUUUGGAUUUUUCCUUCUGCGGCGCGAAGAGUUGGGGGUGAGCGAACUGUGCAACAAAUUAACGCACUAAUUCUCGAGCUUAUUAAUGGGAUCGAACUGAUUUCGCCAAUUGAUCAUAAAUAAACUUUGGCGAUCUCAGCUGCCUUGAUUAUA